AAGGAAUGUGGAUGGAAAGCAACUUCAUGACGCGUUGAGCUCCAGUUGUAGACAAGAUGGCGCACAAGAAGCCGCUCAUUGGAACGUCAUCUAGCCAUCUAUACGUACAUAAAUCUUCAUCUUAAAGGUUUCCUGGAGACCAUUCACCACCAUAAAUACCCAUUCAAGAUGCUCUUCACUCCUCAAAUCCGUACCAUCUCACGACCUUUGAUCCGACAGAUACCCGUCUUCAAACAAACUUCCAUCAGAAUGUCUUCCACCAACCAGCACGGCCAGGGCGCUUCCCACGCUACCGGACAAAGCGCUGUCCCCGGCAAGAUCCAAGAGGCUGCCCCCAAGGGCCUUGAGGAGUCCCUCCCCGAGAGCGUCCAUCCCACCGGCAGCAACCCAAACAGCCAGUCCACAAGCAAGACGCACGCCCUCAACGACGGCGAAGACUCCAUCGUCCCCAAGAAGGUCCAGGAAAUCGUUCCUGAGUCUGUCGAGAAGGCCCUCCCCAACGCCAUUCACAACACUGGCAACAAGUAAAUACUUUAAUACCGGUCUGGAUCCAAGAAGGGCGAAUGAACGCGUUAAUGCGAUGAGCUUGUAAUGCCACUACCAUAUGGCAUCUGUAUAUAGCCUGAAUGAGUAAAGAAUUUUGCAUAAAAUAAGUUGCG